AUGACAGCUGGCUCUAAAAGUAACAAUGCUGCAGGAAUUAGACGAGAAAUCAAUUUGCUCGAACUACUCAAGAAUGAUCCAAAGCCGCAGGCAGUAGAAAGUGAAGCGACUAUUAUGGAAGAAGUAGUAGAUUUGGAGAACAGAAGCGUAAUGAUGAGUAGAUGCACCAGCGAAUCGAGCCAGCUUAUGAAGGAAACUGUACCCAUCAAGUCAGUUUCUAUACCAAGGAGCUCCAGAAGUCAACAAACUAAAAAGCUAGAUGAUAUUAUCACCCGAAGACACUCAGUCAGCUCAACUAUUAAAGAGAAAAGUAAACUAAACAUGACAAUUACAAAGCGCAACUUGGAAGACGCUUCCUUUCCUGAAACAAGAUAA